AUGGAGUCCAGAACCAGGGGCCGGGAUCACGUGAUCAAAGCAGCCAGGAGUCAGAGGCGCUUUGUCCCAUCCCAGGCAGCCUGUGCAUUCAAUCUGUCUCUCUCUCUCUCACUCACUCACACACACACACACACAUGCGUGCGCGUCCGGAGGGGGGAUUACAUCCAGGAGAUGGCCGAGCACUGGAAGGGGGUGGUGGCGGACAAGGCCUACCUGGAGAAGGCCAUGGGCUAUUUCCGGGCCAAGUACCAGGAGCCGGUCUUCGUGGUGACCAGCAACGGGAUGGAGUGGUGCCAGGAGAACAUCGACGCCUCGUGGGGGGACGUGUAUUUCUCGGGGGACGGGAAGGAGUCGUCGCCGGGGAGGGACUUUGCUCUUUUGGCCCAUUGCAACCACACGAUCAUGACCAUCGGGACAUUCGGCAUCUGGGCCGGUUACCUGGUCGGGGGGGAGACCAUCUACUUGGCCAACUACACCCUCCCCGACUCCCCCUUCCUCAAGAUCUUCAAGCCUGAGGCCGCCUUCCUGCCCGAGUGGAUCGGGAUCAACGCCGAUCUCUCCCCGCUGCGCAGUGGGACAUCUGGCUAA